GUGUCAACAUCCCGAUCAUCACGUGGAGAAGAUGAAUUACACGCGUUUGAAUUCGUUCAUAAUCCCAAACGAGUGUCACGCUUCAAUUCACGCCUCUGCGCGGCUUCAGCAUCGACGGGCUACGCAACAGGAUCUAUUUCGAAUCCCGUUACACCUUCCGAUGCAGUUGUCCUUCCGAAUCCAGGCCGCGUUGAUUCCAGCAGUUUCACAUCUAAUCCGAUCCUUGAGGUGGAGGAAGUAUCGUCAUGGAGGGAUAGUCUGCAGAGAUGUCCUCUCUUACGACAUUCGUUUUCUCAUAACUUUAGCGAUGUUUUUGGGUUACGUCCGUUCAAACUUCACUUGAAACGUGAAAUGAACCCUCCUGCUGCUCCUGAUCCUCUCCAUGAGGAAGCGACUCUUGUCGCUGAAGAUCAUGACAAAUCGAGAAGAACCCAUCUUCACUCAAGAAACUUCCGGAAUCACAGCGCUCAACGGCAUGUUCCUUCUUCUGCAGCGGCAAGAAAGAGCAGUCAACAACGGCGACAUCGAAGAACAGAUUCUUUGGAAGGACCACGGGCAUCAUCAUCUGCAUCAGCCUGCUCUUCUGUGACGUCAGGUCAUCCUAGUGACGACGGAGACGAUGACUCGACCAGCUGUAUUUCACAGCUGAGCAAUCUUUCGUGUGGACCACCAGUUCCACCAAGGACUCGUGUUGGACCGCAAUAUUCUUCUGCAUCUUCCUCUACUGGUGUCCCCGUGAAGCGACUAGCUGUGGACCAUUUAUCUCAUAUGGGCUCACCGCCGACUCGUAGCCUCAUCGAUGAAGUCAUGGAAAAUGACAGCAGCGGUGAAACUAUAAAGUUACAUGGAAUUGGUCGGUACGCGAACUCUGAUGGCGGUUCUCGUUAUGGGUCAGGUUUCCUUCCUCCAGCUGUAGACCGAUCAAACAAACCUGCGAAGUUACGGCUAUAUGAUUACGAAGAAGAAAAGGUCCCAGAAGAAAUGACCAUCCAUGGGUACAAUAAGUAA